AUGAUAUUGACAUGUUUACAGAUUGAGACGAUUAAUUCGAGCAAGCAGAGUCCAAAAUCCGUGCCGAGAGACCGCGAUGCCAUAAACAAUUCUACUAUAUCGUACGACGCCAUGAUGGCUUGCGUCAGGAAACAACCACGCAGGAAGAGAAGACUGCGGACCGAGAUGGACGAUAUUAAUAUCCAGUGGGAAUGUCAGAGCACUGUUGACGCUUCUGCAGAAGAAACCGUGUCUAUUAAAAUGGGCCUUAUAAAAGUUCCUACGGAGAGCGCUACUAGAGUCUCCACUUCAUCUCCUAACAGUAGUCGAGAACAAAUUGUAGUGGACAUGAACGACUUCAGCCCCGACGUCUCCAUUGUUGAAUGUUCACCUCCCGUGCCUUUUCUUAUCCUGAAUAAUUCCGCGGAAGCACCAGCAUGCUCUCAGGGUCAAUGUGGGCAACAUUGUUUGAGCGAUCAGUCAUUACUUAAGAUAACGCUGGCAGAGGAUUGCCCGUGUACUAAAAUAAAGCAGUCACCUGUGAACAAGAAACAGUCGAAGGUUCAAUUUUUAGGGAAAGGGCGCGGGACUUCGGGGUUAAGAAGUCAUCUCAAGUCACGCCAUGAAGUAGAAUAUGCCGAGUAUGAACAAAAGGAUACAGCAAUAAAAAAAGCCGCGGUUGAUAAACGCAAAUUGUCGGAAGAGACUCCUCUUCAACAGGCUAAGAGACAAGUAACUUUACAGAAGGCAUUACAAACAGUAUACAGACAUCAGUAUUGGGAUACAUCUCACGAAAAAAAACUGCGAGCUGGAUAA